UAUAUAAAAGCAGCCAAACAUUAAAUUUUAUCUUGCGUAAAUUGAAGCAUUAACUUCGAACGUCAAACAUCGAAGAGAAAGUGCCGUGUCUCAUAUUUUGUUUGUGUUAAUUAUAUUUGAUUUCGAGUGGCUAGAAAGUUAUUCAGUUCAAUAUGACGAGUAAUUCGUCUUAUAAUAAUGACAAAGUGGUCCAAGGCGAAGUAGAGUAUCCUGCCACCGAUCCCGCGUCUGGGGCGUUCUUCCAAGCGGAUUAUAAAAAAAAUGAAGACCUUAAAAUGAUGCUUGAUGGCUCUAAAGAUUCUCUAAAGUUGGAAGCUAUGAAGCGGAUCAUUGGAUUGAUUGCUAAAGGCAGGGAUGCUUCCGACCUCUUCCCAGCAGUGGUGAAGAAUGUGGUAUCCAAGAAUAUAGAAGUAAAAAAGCUGGUGUAUGUGUACCUGGUCCGGUAUGCUGAGGAACAGCAAGAUCUAGCGCUUCUCUCCAUCAGCACUUUCCAACGGGCCCUCAAGGACCCAAACCAGCUGAUCCGCGCCGGAGCUCUACGGGUCCUGUCCUCCAUCCGCGUGCCUAUGAUAGUGCCGAUCGUGAUGCUGGCCAUCCGGGACUCGGCCUCCGACAUGAGUCCCUACGUGAGGAAGACCGCUGCGCACGCUAUACCUAAACUAUACAGCCUAGACCCCGAGCAGAAAGAAGAGCUAGUGUCCAUAAUAGACAAGUUACUAUCAGACAAGGCGCCUCUAGUGGUCGGUUCGGCCGCGAUGGCGUUCACCGAGGUGUGUCCUGAACGGAUGAGCCUCAUACACCGCAGUUAUAGAAAAAUCUGUUCUCUGCUAGCGGACGUAGACGAGUGGGGUCAGCUGACGCUGCUCAACGUUCUGACGGUGUACGCGAAGACCUUCUUUCCUGACCCCAACGAUGAGCAAUACUCGACGGACAGUGACGAGCCUUUCUACGAAUCAGACAGUGAAGCAGAUGGAGUGCCCAAGAAACGGCCGCAGCGGGCGGCGCCUUUAGAUCCUGACCACAGGUUGCUGCUGCGCGCCGCCAAGCCAUUACUGCAGAGCAGAAACUCGGGCGUCGUUAUGGCUGUUGCUCAACUGUUCUACCACGCGGGGCCAGCGCAAGAAUUAGCCCCGGUGGCGAAGGCAAUGAUCCGCCUCCUACGCGCGCCCGUGGAAGUGCAGAGCGUCGUGCUCAACUCCAUAGCCUCGCUCACUGUUAACAAACGGACUCUAUUCGAACCGUUCCUAAAGUCGUUCUUCGUUCGUAAUUCGGACCCUACACACCUCAAACUACUAAAACUGGAGAUCCUGACCAACCUUGCCACCGAAACCAGCGCCGCCGUGGUACUGAGGGAGUUCCAGACUUACGUCAGCUGCUCCGAUAAGGUGUUUGCGGGGGCAACUAUCCAGGCUAUCGGACGAUUGGCUGUGGCAAUACAAGGCGAGGCGGAGACUUGCCUGAAUGGGCUUCUGAAGUUACUUAGCAGUAAAGACGAAUGGGUGGUGUGUGAAGCCGUGGUGGUGGUGAAGCGCGUGGUGGGCGGCGGCGCCACCUCGGCGCGCGCCGCCGUGGCCCGCGCCGCCAAGCUGCUGCGCUCCGACAGAUUAGCCCCGAACGCGCGCGCAGCGGCCGUUUGGUUGGUAGCAGAGCACGGCGCUGAACACCCCCGUGCGGCGGCCAUCUUGGCUCACAUGGCUAGCAAUUUCGCUGACCAGGACGAACUAGUGAAACUCCAACUUCUCUCCUUGGCAGUAAAGCUGUCAAUAACCCAACCCGACACAUUACCAGUGUGUCGCUACGUGAUGACGCUCGCACACUACGACGCUAGCUACGACGUACGCGACCGAGCGAGGAUGCUAAGGAGGUUUAUACUACAGGACAACGAGUUGUCUAAACACAAGGCAGAGAUUUUCCACGUCCACAAACCAAAACCGCCAAGUCAGAGCAAUUUCAAAGACCGUGAGCAGUUCAUCUUCGGCUCCCUGUCGCAGUACAUCGGCGCGGCGGCGGCGGGCUACCGGCCGCUGCCCGCGGCGCCGGCGCCGGCGCCGGGCGCCGCGCAGGGGGCGCGGCUGCGCGCGGACACGGCGCAAGAGAUAGAAGCACCGACUAAACAUGUCAGUAUACUGUCUCAGAAAGACAAGACGUUCUACUCGGAGCCAGAAAGCAGCGGAUCAGGGUCUUCGUCAUCAGAAGAAUCCAGCUCCGAAGAGUCUUCAGACGAAGAGGACAGCAACGAUGCGGACAAGAAAGUAGAGAAAGCGAAGGAGGCUAAUAAUUAUAACAGCAACUCCGGAACUUCGGAUAGCGAUUCGGACAGUGAUUCUUCUAGUUCGGACCGGGGCAGCGACUCUGACAGCUCGGAGGAGAGCAGCCAGCAUUCCACGGAGGUCAAGAAGGUGCCCGAAAAAACAGAGACCAAACCCAAAACGGAACCCAAAUCCAACGAGAAGUCAAAUUUGGAAUUGUUACUGGAAUUAGACGAAGUGGCCAGUUCUCUGCCGACCAUGACACCGACGUGUGGAGGUUUCCUGUCGCCGCCCAGCGUUGGGCCGGGGGAUGGAGAUGACGCAAUAACCCCGGUGCCGGCCGCGUUCGCCCCGAGCACGGCGGCGGAGGUGAUCGCGCGCGUGACGUCACGCGGGCUGCGCGCCGCGCGGCGCUGGACGCGCGCGCCGCACCUCUACUCCGCCGCCAUGUGCGCCGUCGAGAUCACCUUCACCAACUGCACGCAGGACGAUAUCGCCAAUAUCAGGAUCAAUAAAAAGAUGUUAACAGGGUCCCGUUCGAUCCACGACUUCGCAAGCAUAGCAGGCCUCGCGCCCGGCGCGUCCGCCAGCACCACUCUUGGAGUCGACUUCCAAGAUUCCAUACAGCCUGUUGAGUUCACUGUGCUCUCUUCUUUAGGCGAAGUGUCAGUAUCUAUAACGCCACCUGUCGGCGAGCUUAUGCGAGCGGUCACAAUGUCAGAGGCGCGGUGGGACACCGAACAGAAAAGACUUCGUGGAAUGACCGAGUGCGACAAAAAAGCUGCGAAGCUAGAAGAUGAAGCGGCGAUCUGCAAACGUGUUUACGAAACGGCGAACGUGGCGGCCGUCACGGCAGAAGGGGAAUUCCUCAGAUUUGCUGGCCGUAUGAUGUCAUCCCAAGACCUGGUGUUACUCUCCGUGAGGAUCGACUCGGACUCGACCCGAGUCACUGCGAACUGCCCCAACAUGGCGAUCGCUUCUCUCUUAGCCAAUCAGAUUGCUCAGGCACUCAAUGCGUAGACUAAUAUAACUAUUUUACUUUCCUCCGUGCGUUUGCUAGGCUAAAAAUUGAAACGGUAUUCAGUUUUAAAAUUUAUUUAUUUGACGGAAAAACCUUUCUCAUUUCAGUUUUGCUCGAGAAAGACUUUUUUAACCUUAUAUUUAAGUUUCGAGCCCAUUAACCGGUUUACAACCUAAAAACCUACAAGAAAAAUACAGAAAUUUGAAGUCAAAAUAAGGUUGUACUGAAAUGUUACAUACCGGUAUAUUAACAUCGGUUCAUACCGGAAUGUCAUCACAAGACCUGGUGUUACUUUCUGUGAGAUUCGACACGGACUCGACCCGAGUAACUGCGAACUGUCCCAACAUGUAUAUUGUAUCCAGUCCGUAACAUCUUAUUCAGUUCAUAAGUAUUUUAUGGUAAGUCAUUUUUGAUAACUUUUGUGGCCGACUGUAAUUUUAUUUUGGGCAAGGCUGGGAACCGGUU